ACGCGCGCGCACACCUUCCUAUCUAACAAUCGAUCGAUGCAGCUUCCCUUCCCCUCCCUUCCUAUUUAACAAGCUCCUUGCACCUCAGGAAGGGAAGCACCAUUACACACGCUAGAAAUGGAGAUGGCCAGGACGACGACACUCCUCCUCGCCGCCGCGGCUCUCCUCGUGGCCUCAUGCGGCGCGUGGGAGGCCAACAUCCGCAUGCCGACCUCGCUGGACGAGGCCGUGGUGGCGCCGCUGAUCCACGCGCUGCGGCCGCUGCUGGGCUCCGGCAAGCACGCCGGAGUGGCGUGCGACAGCUGGGUGCUGGGCGUGGAGGCGCACAACGUGCGGGGCUGGAAGACGGUGCCCGCCAGCUGCGAGGGCUACGUCGGCCACUACAUGCUCGGCAGCCACUUCCGGCGCGACUCCAAGGUCGUCGUCGACCAGGCCCUCGCCUACGUCGACUCCCUCAAGCUCUCCGGCAACGGCAAGGAGGUCUGGGUCUUCGACAUCGACGAGACCACCCUCUCCAACCUCCCCUACUACGCCAAGCACGGAUUCGGCGCUACACCAUUCAACGCGACGAGCUUCGACGCAUAUGUGCUGGAGGGGAGCGCGCCGUCGCUGCCGGAGACGAAGCGGCUGUACAACAAGCUGCUCUCGGUCGGUGUCAAGCCGGUGUUCCUCACCGGCCGGACCGAGGACAAAAGGGCCAUCACCGUCACCAACCUCCGCCGCCAGGGCAUCUCUGGGUGGAUGAACCUGCUGCUGAAGCAGCCUGGCUUCAAGGGCUCCGCGGUGACCUACAAGUCCGGCGAGAGGCAGAAGCUGCAGGAUGCCGGGUACAUCAUCAUCGGUAACAUCGGCGACCAGUGGAGCGACAUCCUUGGCGCGCCUGAGGGCGCCCGCACUUUCAAGCUGCCUGACCCGAUGUACUACAUCGGCUAGGACGCUCCGGCUUGGGCAUGCCGCCAUUGAUUUCUCGAAUAAGCUCCAUGCCCUUAGUUAUGCAUGUUUAGUCAAUAAUCCCUCCCCAGUUGUUGCUUGGUUCAUUUCCAUUGUUGAGAACUUGAGAUUAAUUGUCAUUAUAAUUAGAUGUGUUCGUGGAGAAGUUGCAUGUUGCUUAAUCUAUGGAUACAUGGUCCACUAUUUUUUUUCUUGCGAGAUAUUCAUGGGCUAUUCUUGUUUGA